AUGGUCUCCGCCGAGACGACGGGGACCGCCCCCGGGGACGACGCCGACGAAAAGUCCUGCUUCAUCUGCCUGCAGACGGCCGGCGAAACGCCCGACGCCGCGUGGGUCACGCCCUGCCCGUGCUCGCUCGACGCGCACGAAGACUGCAUGCUGCAGUGGAUCGCCGAGACCGAGGUGACGCUCAAGCAGGGCGCCAACCGCGGCAAGAAGCUGCGGUGCCCCGCCUGCAACGCGCGCAUCCGCACCGUCGAGCCGCACGACGCGCUCGUGGCCCUGGGCGACCGCGCCGCCCGCGCGUACCAGCACACGGCCCCGGCGCUGCUGGGCACGAUGCUCAUGGGCAUGGGCGUGGUCGGGUCGAGCUUCUACGGGUACCACUCCAUGGCCGCGUUUGCCGGCGAGGGCGAGACCAUGGCGUGGCUCCUGUCCAGCUUUGAAGACGCGGCGGCGGACGUGUUGGUGGCGGCCGGGGGCCACCAGCGACCACCCGGCGCGCCCGUCGCGCCCGUCGUGCCCGUGGCCAUCGGCUGGCGCGACAGCAUGUCGUUUGUCAACAAGGUCUUCUUGCUCAACCUCGUCGCGCCCAGCCUGCUGCUGCACCGCGCCGUGCCGAGCCUGGCCAACCUCAUCGCCCUGCCCGUGUCGCUCGUCUACGGCGCGACCCUCGUGUCGCGCCACCACCUGCCGCGCUGGCCGCCGUCGCCGCGUUGGGCCGUCGUGGCCCUGCCCACGCUCAGCAUUGCCUAUGCGACGGCCUACUACGACCUGUUCGGCGGGCUGGAGCGGCGGCUGAACCGGGCCCUGCGCGGGCGGCCGGAGACGGACGAGGCGGAGAACCAUGGGCACGAGCUGCGGGCGCCGGCGGCCGGGAACGUGGCCGGGAACGCGGACGGAGACGACCAGCGCGGCGUCGUGGCCCGGCUGCGCCGCUUGGGUGCGCUCGUGGCCCAGCUGGCAGGCCACGACAAUGACAACGGCGACAACGGGGAGGGACCGGGUCCAAUGGGCCUGGAGGUGGCCGUGGACAUUGUGGUCGAGGAGGUGGAGGAGGAUCCACAGGGCGACGACGACGACGACGACGGAUGGGUGGAUGACGACGACGACAACGAAAUCUUGCCACCGAGGGAGGUCCGCGACGAUGACCUGAAUAUACUGGGCGAUGUGGGCAAUGUGGGUGGGAACGACAACGACAACGACGGCGACGACGACGCUGCAUUGCCACCACCCGACAUUCUACGGGCGCGGCUGGGCGUGGCUGCCGAUGCCGACCACGGCGCUGGCGACCUCGGUGCGGCCCAUGGGGCCAAUGGGGACGCCAUUCCACUCGCCGAGGCACUGGCCGCGCAGGUGGCCGACGCCAACGGUCCCGUGCCGGCAGCAGAAGCGCCUCCUCCUGCUGCGCAUGCUGGCGGCGGUGGAGGCGGUGGAGGCGGUGGAGGCGGUGCCGGCGGCGGCAUGUUUGUCUCGGACAUUCUGGCCGCCAUCACGACCCAGCUGCUGCUGCCGCGCUUCGCCGCCACCAUGGGCAUGCUUCUGGGCCAUGUCCUGCCGCGCAGAUGGGUCACGCCGCCGGCGGCGUUGCAGACGACGGUGCGCGGCGGUGGUCGUCCUGGCGGUGGAGGGCUCUUGACCCAGAGAUGGGGCCGCAGCUUGGUGGGCGGGCUGCUCUGGAUCGUCUUGCGGGAUGCGUGGACGCUGUACAUCAAGUACCGCCGGGUGCAGGUCAAGAAGCAGCGCAAGAUCAAGAAUGUGGACAGAAAGCGGCACAAGGAUGCGGCGACCCAGUCGUAG